AUGAAAAAGAAAUCGUCCAUUACUGUUCCACACAAAUUUAGAAGUCGCCUGGCUGCCGUGUGGCCACACCAAACUGUCUGUAUAUAUUUUGCCCACAAGAGAAAAUUGAAAAGAUGGUUGCGUGUGCUUCAACCGUCCGACCCUCCAUUUGUCCGCACAUCGUUUAUAUUUCAUGGGGUCAUCUGCGUGUUGGUGCUCCCCUCAGCCCUUUCAUCGGCGUGCGAAUGCGGCCCGCAGAGCACAGUCACUCGUGUGUGUGGGGACUGGGAGAAGCACGCAGACAUGACGGCAGUCGCGUCACUCCAUCGGGGGAGUGAGCGCAGCAAAAGAAAAAAAUCAUCAGGAGGGAGAGAAAUGCUGACGGGACUGCCAGCGCGUGAAAUGAACACGAAAAGCAAAAAAAAAAGAAAAACACGGCGGCAGGGUGUGGCUGUGUGUGUGUGGCGCUGCGGGUGUCUGCCCGCCCUCGCCGCAAUAAAAGCAAAACAAGAGGGAAAGAAAUGUGUGCUCCGCCCCACAGGCCCUCGUCGCACGCCCACACGUCACGGCUCCCUCAGCGCGCCGUUCGUCGCGGCCCCUCCUCAUGCGUGCAGCAGGCGAGGCGCACAGGGCCGUCGUCAUGAGCGUGUCGGUGGGUGUGCGAGUGGAGCAGUUGGGCGGGAAACACACGGCACCCCUCACAGGAAGAGUGCAGCAGGAAACAAUUAA